CGAAGAAUUUCGCCCACUUCCUUUACAAAGAAAAGCAAGGAUGGAUAGGAAUGGCUUACAACACCAAGUUGACUGUAUGAGAAGGUCCCUCUUCGAUCAGGGUUAUCUUGACGAGCCAUUCAUCCAGCUGGAGGAGUUGCAGGAUGAUGCCAACCCCAAUUUCGUACAAGAAAUUGUCACACUGUUCUACACCGAUUCGGCAAGGUUGAUUCAGAACAUCGAGCAUGCACUGAGCACUAGGCCUAUUGACUUUAAUAAGCUGGAUGACUACAUGCAUCAGUUCAAGGGAAGCAGCUCUAGCAUUGGAGCAAAGAGGGUGAUGAAUGAAUGCUCCGUUUUCAGAGAACACUGCAGCGCUGAAAAUGCAGAAGGAUGCAUGAGGAGUUUUCAACAGGUGAAGCAAGAGUACGUGGCCUUGAGGAGGAAGCUGGAAGAUUAUCUUCAGAUGGAGAAACAAGCUGCUGUUUCUCGAACACCAUGA